GGGAACCACCUGCUAUGCUGGAGAAGCGGGGGAGAGGGCAAACGUCUACACUCCUACAUCAUGUGUGCUGCUAGAUUUGCACCAAAGUGUCAAAAUAUGUCAAGGGCUUUCCUGCUGAGAUCAUGGCUGCCUUGAGGUUUAGCUCUUCUCUCUUCUAACAGACCUAGGGCCUCAUCAUCUUCUCUUCAAGAGUCAUGAAUGCAGGAUACUGCUGGCUGAAAUUCAGGGUGUUCACCCCCUCCUAUUUUUCCAGUUAGCUACUCUCCUGCAGAAAAAUUAUCAGCCCAUGCGCGGCCUCCCACCCCCACCCCCGCUUCUGUUUUCUUUAUUUCUUUGUGUUUGACUGCUAACCCUGAAAGACAUGAAAACAACUUCUCAAGCUUGGAAAGGAAUCAGACUCGUAGGGAGAUUGGCUAUCCACCCUGAGUAGUCAGAUAGAGGAGAGGAGAUUAGCAUGGUGCAGAGAUGAGACCAACAUGCUAUGCAAAAGAAAUUAUCGACUAUGACGAGCUACACUUCAGCAUCUUGAUCACCAUUCUUAAGGACUGUCUUCAAUGGCUUCCUGUCUGGACUGUUUCUUUGGUGAGGGGGUGUCACAGAGUUUGACCAUGCUCCAGCCGUGUUUUGCAGGUUGGGGCCCACAGUCACCAAUGCUGUUUCCUCUCUCUCGAUCGACUCUCCACUCCCUGAAGUUACAAAUUUCACUGUGCUCUCCACUUCCCUUCACCGCUGAGGAUAGCCAAGGUGUCUGCAGCCCCUCUGCUCUCUUUAGAUGCCCUACGCCCCCCAAUACUUCAGACAGCCACUUUGGGAGCCUAAACAGUGAUAUUUCAUCUCAUACUGGAAUGUCUUUGGAAUGGAAGUGAAUGAAAGAAACAAGGAUGAAAAAAAUAGAGGAGGCCGGUCCUCGGGAAGCUGAGUCCGCUUCAGUCUCGCACUUCACAUGCACCUUCUGCUUUGUUCCCUCCCGCUGCACCCCAGUGACCCAGUCCUUUUCCGGCCCCCUCUCGUGGGAACCCAGCACCCUACACCGGUGCUGCACCUGGGCUGAGGGUGGAACCGGGGCUGUAGCCCAGUCGGCGGAUCUGAGUGGGACUUCACAGGGACCAUGGAGCUGCUCAAGCUGAACCGCAGUAUGCAGGGACCCGGACCCGGGCCGGGGUCCUCCUCAUUAUGCCGCCCGGGUGUCCCCCUCCUCAACAGCAGCAACUCUGGCAACCUCAGCUGCGAGCCCCCUCGCCUCCGCGGAACCGGGACCAGAGAAUUGGAGCUGGCCAUUAGAGUCACCCUUUAUGCGGUGAUCUUUCUGAUGAGUGUUGGAGGAAAUGUGCUCAUCAUCGUGGUCCUGGGACUGAGCCGGCGCCUGAGAACUGUCACCAAUGCCUUCCUGCUCUCCCUGGCAGUCAGCGACCUCCUGCUGGCUGUGGCUUGCAUGCCCUUCACACUCCUGCCCAACCUCAUGGGCACAUUCAUCUUCGGCACAGUCAUCUGCAAGGCUGUUUCCUACCUCAUGGGGGUGUCAGUGAGUGUGUCCACGCUAAAUCUCGUGGCCAUAGCCCUGGAGCGGUACAGCGCCAUCUGCAGACCACUGCAAGCACGGGUGUGGCAGACACGCUCCCACGCAGCGCGGGUGAUCUUAGCCACAUGGCUACUGUCUGGACUACUUAUGAUACCUUAUCCUGUGUACACCGCAGUGCAGCCAGUGGGGCCUCGAGUGCUGCAGUGCGUGCAUCGCUGGCCCAGUGCUCGUGUCCGCCAGACCUGGUCAGUGCUACUGCUAAUACUUUUGUUCUUCGUCCCGGGUGUGGUUAUGGCGGUGGCCUACGGGCUCAUCUCUCGCGAGCUCUACCUUGGGCUUCGCUUUGAUGGUGACGACAGUGAGACCCAAAGCAGGGUCCGAAACCAAGGAGGCCUGCCGGGUGGGGCAGCACCAGGGCCUGUCCACCAGAACGGGGCUUGCCGGCCUGAGACUAGCCUCCCUGGGGAAGACAGUGAUGGCUGCUACGUGCAACUUCCGCGUUCCCGACUGGAGAUGACAGCGCUGACCACGCCCACUCCUGGGCCAGGGCCAGGCCCUCGGCCCAACCAGGCCAAGCUGCUGGCUAAGAAACGUGUGGUGCGAAUGCUGCUGGUGAUUGUUGUGCUUUUCUUCCUGUGUUGGCUGCCAGUGUACAGCGCCAACACGUGGCGCGCCUUCGAUGGUCCAGGGGCACACAGAGCACUCUCAGGGGCCCCCAUCUCUUUCAUCCACUUGCUGAGCUAUGCCUCUGCCUGUGUCAACCCCCUGGUCUACUGUUUCAUGCACCGCCGCUUUCGCCAGGCCUGCCUGGACACAUGUGCCCGCUGUUGCCCACGGCCUCCACGAGCUCGCCCCCGGCCUCUUCCGGAUGAGGAUCCUCCUACCCCUUCCAUUGCUUCACUGUCCCGGCUAAGCUAUACCACCAUCAGUACACUGGGGCCUGGCUGAGAGGUUGAGUGAGUGGAGAAUGAGACAGGACACGUGAUCCUAUAAACCGACCCAUCCAAACACAAAAGAAACACACCAGGACUAAUCCAGGAGGACACCCAACAGCAUGGAUAGACCCCUCCCCACAGAAAAUGUUAUUUUUGCUGUUCCACCUGAAAGAGACAGGAGUCUCACACAGGAAAGGAGGCACACUUCUGAUAUGGGACUGAGUCCCACCCUGGCACUGACCCCACUGGAUAGACAAACACAAUGUCUGUAGCAGUGAAUUUUCCCUACACAAGGAGAGCUCUGACUAGGGCUGACUGGCUCCUCACAUCCAUACAUUAAUGGCACUAUUCUAUAGUGCCCAUAGCCUAGUGCAAGAUUGACUUAAGACAUUGCAGACUGUCCCCAGUUUGACCUCAUCAUUUCCUUCCUCACCCAGCAUUGAAAAUAUUAGUAGGCCUAAUCACACACACCUUCCCAACAUACGGACCUUUCAGCAAUGAAAAGUCCCGUCAUCUCUUUCCAUUAGGGACUGUAGCCCUGCCCCUCUUCCUUCACCAGACCACCUCAUAAAACAAUAAAUGACUUAGUGCCCUCUUGGACUUUCUGAA